CACACCAACAUCCCGUCGCCUAUUACGCGGCGACGAGUUAUUCCUUUCCGUUCAAACGGCCCAGUCUCGCAAUUACCAUGCUCCGUCUUCCAUCGCGAUAGAAGAGUCGUCUCCCAGCAACUAUGGGUCCUGGGCGUGAGGGCGAGCCGGAAGAGGCCAACAACAUGUCGUAUCCUUCGCCCGGCGCGGAGGGCCUUGACGCCGGCCCGUUCUACCACACAGGCGCUCGCGAUGACACGCAUGAGCAUCACGAGCCUGAGGACCACCAGCAACAGCAGCAGCAGCAGCAGCAGCAUGACCAGCAUGACCCGACUCAGGUCCACGCGCAGCAGGAGCAGGACCAUGGCCAAAUCCCCACUCACGAACCGUCUUCUCCCCAGCAGCACCACAUGUCCAGGCCCCCCAACCUCGAGGAGCUUCAGCUGGCCGCCCAGCUCGGACAGGGCUUGGCAGGGACGUCUCUUCUUCCGUCCACCGACCCCGGCAUGAACGUGGAUGAUCCGAACAUGCGUAGCAUCAUGCCUCAUCCCGAGCCAGACCAGCAUCAGCCGCCAUCGUAUGUUCACGAGGCCCCAGCUUCUGAGCAUAUGGUGCAGCAUGCGCUUCCGGUUGCCGUUGGGCCCCCAAUGCCGCCGCAGUAUUCCAUGGGAGAGGCCAUUCCACCUAGGAAGAGGUCCAAGGUAUCUCGUGCAUGUGAUGAGUGCCGGAGGAAGAAGAUCAAGUGUGACGCCCAAUCGGAUACUGGCGACAGCCCAUGUUCCAGCUGUGCCCGGUCUUCCAUGCGCUGCCUGUUCAGCCGCGUUCCUCAGAAGCGCGGCCCAAGCAAGGGGUAUAUCAAAGAGCUGGCGGACAGGAUUCAUAGUAUCGAGAACAAGCUAGAGUCCGAAGGUAGCCUUACCCAAGACGAGAUUGACCGACUGUUGACGCCAGGAAACCAUCGCGCUUACAACGGCUUAGCCCCCUCUGAGGAGCCGGGCCGGAAGAGGCCGUUUUCCAGCAUCUCGGCGGGCGACUACAGCUCACCUGCGCCUCCGCGACAGGCGCCAUGGGGACCAGAGCCACGGCCAAUCCUGCCUGCACCCGCGGCUUCGGACAGCUUCUCGGGGACUGCGUACACUAACAGUUCAUUGGCUCCUCAGCCUUCAGCGAUCAAGGCGGACAGCGCGCCGCCAAAGCCCCCCGUGGCAUCCAUGGACUCGCAGGUUGUAGAAGCCGAGGAGGUACCGGACUUUGACGAGGAGUGUUUACAUGACUACCUUGCUCAUGUCCAGGCUAUAUAUCCCAUACUCCCUAGCAGCAAGGCAAGGAUUCAAUCCCUGCUAUCACAAUGCCCGUCCACUGUAAGGACGGCCUUCAUCACGGCACUUCAGGCAAUUGGACAGUCUUCGGGUGACACACAAGCUGCGAGCUCCCUUCUCCAUGAGUGGGAGAGCAGUGAGGCACCUCACCCACGCGCCGUCGAUAUUGUCCACGCUCAGACUCUCCUUCUGCUGAUAAUUGAUGCGGAUUGGCGAGCAUCGUCUCAGCUCCCGUUUCUCUUGGGCAGAGCGGUGGCGCUUGCGAAUACAAUGAAGCUGUGGAAGUUUACCCCUAUCGAGUCUGCAUCCGAAACAGACUCUGACGACCAGCUGUGCGUGCGGAUUUGGUGGUCGCUUGUUCUAAUGGACCGCUGGCACGCCGCAGGAACAGGGAAGCCAUCUCAGAUUCCGGACAGCAGCGUUGUCGCGCCGGCUGGCUUGGAGAACACCUUGGGCGAGGUGUGCUACUACUUGAUCCGCCUGUCGAAGCUGCUGAAUAGGACUGCCUUCGUCAUCUCCACACUGCAGCCGGGCUCUUCUACCGCCGAGCCAGCCAUGGCCGCCAUUCUCGCCGACUACAUCGAGAACUACCGGGAAGAUCUUCCCGGCCACAUCGAGGCCGCAUCUUACCCAUUGGUGCACCUUGCUUACUGGCACUGCAAGCUUCUGGUCACACUGUUAACGCCAGGGGCAACGCCGACGGAGACACUGUGGCCGACGUCUGAGCUGGCCACUCUGCUGCUAGCAAACGCACACCUCAGGAGCCCCUUUACCAACCAUUUCGUGUCACUGGUGACCAUGUCGCUGUCGAAGCUCUCUAAGAUGGACAGUUCUCGAGAAGGCGCCGUCCGGCUGAUGAAGGAGAUCCUGGAGAAGCCCAGCGGAGGCCACUGGGACAGCGUGAGGGAGAAGCUGACCGAACAGCUGCGGCCGACGUCGUCGGUGGAGGCUACGGCGAGCCAGGGGCUGCAGCACCUGGCUGAUCUGGCGACGGCACACGAGGGCAUUGCGCCUGGCUCAGACGAUAUCACGUUUGGACCUACGCUCGCGUCGGGCUAUCUGGACGUUGCUUGAAAGGAGGGCUGCCCGAUAGUUGAUGAGAAUGUCGACAUCCUUUUGCUUGAAUUGGUGCACGGUUGAGUUUCCAAGCUGUUGAGCAUGUACAAUUACCACCCUGAUGACGGACUGCGGCGGUGUUGGCUACAUCGUCAAGGGGCGUCUUGCGGAUGGCGUCACACAUACCACCCGCACAAUGUAUUGUAAACGAA